AUGCGAGCUGGCGGGGCAUUAAAUGCAGAUCCAUACGAGAUUAAAAACAACAUGGUCCCAUACCCAAGAAUUCAUUUUCUGUUUUCAUCAUACGCUCCACUAUUUCCGUCAACUUGCACACCUUAUAGUCCAAAUUGCUCAGAAAUAACGAGUCGUUGUUUUGAGCCUAUAUAUAUGAUGGCGAAAUGUGACCCUGGAAACGGAAAAUAUAUGGCAAUCAGCUUGAUGUAUCGUGGAGAUGUUGUACCUAAAGAUGUAUCUGCAUCAAUUGCAUGAAUGAAAAGUAGAAGAAGCAUAAAUUUUGUUGAUUGAUGUCCAACAGGGCUGAAAUGUGGGAUAAAUUAUGAAUCGCCAACAGUGAUCAUAGGUGGCGACAUCGCUAAAAUGUCGAGAUCGGCACUUAUGGUCUGCAAUCAUACAGCUAUUUCAGAAGUUUUUUCGAGAAUUAAUGGUGAAUUCGAUUUAAUGUAUAAAAAAAAGGCUUUUGUUCAUUGAUAUACAGCUGAAGGAAUGGAAGAAAGUGAAUUUGCUGAAGCGAGAGAAGAUUUAGCAGAACUUCAGGCUGAUUAUAAAGAAUGUGCAUCGGAUAAUGUUGAUGAAGAUACUGCUGAAGAUGAGGGUUAA